AGCGUCGCUCGGGGGUCUUGCUCACUCGUGCGCGCGCCCGGCGACGCGCUACACGUGCCAGGAACACCAAAGGGAAAUAUCCUUUGUUUAUUCAAAAUACUUAGUGAUAUUUACAUAUUUAAAUUACAUUGUUUAAAAAAUAAUCUAUCUAUAUCUCUUUCAAAAUUAUAAGUGUUUUCUGGAAUAUCGGGAUAAUCUCAAUAAAUUAUUCAACGUACGGUAGGUCUAGUAGAAGCCGUAGAAAGAUUGUAUCUAAAUAAAUUUACUAAAAGCAAUAAUUACGUGAUUGACCGAGUGAGGCUGCACUCAGUGGUCAGAAAAUUAUGAUUUAAAUUGAAAUUACCGGUGCAGUUAAAAGUAACGCCCAUUCGAAAUCUAACUUCGCUGAAGCGCACUUGACGUUGGCACUGAGCUCAUUAGAGGAUAGAUCCAGGUGUAGGCCGCGUGCGGACGCGACAUGUCGGGCGAGGGCUGGAGCGCGGGCUGGGGCUGGUGGCAGGCGCGGCUGGCGCUGCUGCUGGCGGUGCCCGUCAUGCUGACCGGCCUCUACAACACUAAUUAUGUGUUUCUGGCCGCACCUACCGACUACAGAUGUUACGUGCCGCAAUGCGAAGAAUACACAAUGGUUCCACCAUCGGGUGCGUUCGAGGUUCCCACAGAAGUGUUCCAGCCGGCGUGGCGGGCCCGGGCCCUGCCCCCUGCCGCCCCCGCUCGCCCCGGCGACGCCUGUCUCCAGUUCAAGGCUACUGGGCCCGGCUGCGGACAACAUGACUUUGACAACACCACACUAGAACCCUGCGACCAGUUCUUGUAUAGGACUCACAGCAGUAUCGUCGCUGAGUUCGGCCUGGCGUGCGCGGAGUGGAAGCGCACGAUGGUGGGCACGGUCCACAACGUCGGCAUGCUCAUCUCACUGCCCAUCAUCGGCUUUAUCUCCGACAGAUGGGGUCGCCGCGCGGCGCUGGUGACGUCGGCCGUGGGGGCUGGGCUGCUCGGUCUGUGCAAGUCGUUCGUCACGUCCUACCACGCGUACCUGCUGGCUGAACUUGCGGAGACUAUCCUCGGCGCUAGUGUCUACCCUGCAGCUUUCGUACUUAUGAUCGAAUGGCUGGGCGUCCAGCAGCGUAUCUUUGCGAGCUUGGUGCUGGGCAUUCCGCUCUCGGGUGGCGCCGCCCUGCUGGCGCUCCUGGACUACCUCACUGGGUAUUGGAGAUUGUGGGCGCGCAUUGCCUAUCCACCUUCGUUCCUACUGCUGUUGUACCCCUGGCUACUGCCCGAGAGUGUACGCUGGCUGGCUUCGAGAGGGAAGCACUCUGAAGCGCUGAGCGUGCUGAAACAAGCGGCCAAGUGCAAUAAUAGUACUGUUAGUGAAGAGAACUUGGAAAAGAUGCUGCUGAGCGAGACAGAGCAGGCUAAUAAUAAGAUAGCCGCGGCCGAAGACGAAGAUGGGCUCGUUAGAGCGUUUUUCAAAUACGGUGCUCUGCGUCGGCGCCUGUUCGUUUGCUUCGCGUGGUGGAUGUCGGCGGUGUUCGUGUUCUACGGACUAGCGGUACGGGCCCACGCUUUGUCCGGCUCGCCUCACAUCAACUACGCAUUAGUAGCCACAGCUGAGCUGCCUGCUUUGGUCCUCAAUACGUUGUUGCUGGACCGCAUUGGAAGAAGACCACUGCUAACCUUUGCGUUCCUACUAACAGCGGUCUCAUUGAUUGCUAUUUCUUGCAUCCCACAAGAAGGCGGCUGGCGCUGGCUGGGCACCGCGCUGUACCUGUCAGGCAAGGUGGGGGCGGCCAUGUCUCUGAACGCUCUCUACGUGUACACAGCCGAGCUGUUCCCGACCAGAGCGAGACAGCGACUGUUGGCUGCCUGCUCUACCUGCGGACGAGUCGGAUCCUUGCUGGCGCCGCUCACACCACUCACGGCGGCGUACCGCUGGUGGCUGCCGACGGCUCUGUUCGGGGCGCUACCGUUGUGCAGCGCCAUGCUGACGCGGCUGGUGCCCGACACGCUGCACCGCCGGCUGCCCGACUCCUUCGCCGACCUCGAUAUCGAGGCGGAGCCCGUGCGGAACGACAACCACUGCUGAUGCCAUUUCCCUUUCCCCAAUCCCAUCGACAUCAACUUGUUCGUGUGGGGCCACUUCUGCUCUUUUUCCAAUUUGCCUAGCGGAGGGUAAAUUAAAUCAAUGAUUUUAUGGAAGUAAUAGUAACCUGAAUUUUGCUUGGACAUUGCGCGACAGCGAUAGGACAUUGGAACCGUAUUUUCGCAGGUACCUAGUGUGUUUUAUAAACACGUGAAAUAAGUACCUACAAAUUAGUGCAAAGUUUAAAUAAGUAUUUUAAUUUGGUUUUAAAUGACAUUUUACUCUCUCGAAUAUAAUUUAGAAUGUAAAUAGUACUUGAACGUCAAUUGUAAAGUAUAAGAAAGUAAUUACUUUUUAAGACUGUUUAUAAUGAACAAAAAUAAUUCGAAUAAAAUUGAUUAAGUCAAAAUUGUAAAUAUAAGUGUUAUUUACAUAAUUUUAUAGUAUUUCUUACCUUCAUUUGGCUUACGAAGCGUUGUGAUUUGGUAAAUAUAGUUUUCUCUGUUUUAAUAA